CGCUUAAAUAAUGGCCGACGAAGAUUUCAACGUCCUUAGAGACUUACAAUCGCACCUUCGCACAGCCCAAGUUCCUUUCGAACAGCUCUCAACUCUUGCAAAACAAGGAGAUGACAAGCAUUGGGCUUUGGAUAAACACGAUUUCAAGCUUGUGGAGAGAUUCCUCACAGAAAACAUUCGGGUCGAGGGCAAUGGGCCAGAAGUCAUGCAGAGUCAGCUAUAUAUAGCAUGUUUCUGGGGGAUUAGAGACAUUGUCACGUCUUUACUAGCUAAAGGAUGUGACACCAACAGUCAGAACAAAGGGACACUGUGGACUCCGCUGCAUGCUGCCAGCUUCCAGGAACAUGGACCUAUUGUGAUGGUAUUGCUUGAAAAUGGUGCUCAACCUGAAUUGCCCGACUCUGAAGGGAGGACAGCUAAAGACUUCGCCUCCGCAUCCGACAAGAUUUGGCCCCACUUUGCUAUGCUUGGCUUAACACGGAGUAAAAAAUCAGAACUAAUUCAGAAAGGUGUCAUUAAAAAGGUUCAAGACACAGGUUCAAACAAUCGACAAGCUUAUAAAGCACCAGGCCAGGGAAUCAGAAUGGCUGCUGAUAGUCGUCCUGAAUCAGCGUACGCCUACAACAGUGACCCAUUCAUUCAUGCUGCGGUGACUGGAGAUGUGCUCGCUGAUCAGGAGGAGGGCCAUCUUCAACAAAAGACGUCCCAGCCCCAGUUCUCUCUGUGGCGGUGACAGGGCCUAGCACACCACUGUUUGAAUACUGAUAUAUGAAUGAUUCCUCAGGCAUUGGGAAAACAGAUUUCAAAUCUGAACCUAAAGACAAAGUGCAAUGGCCAAUGAUCAAAAGAAAAUGUCUGUGGUAAAAUUGGUGACAUUUCUUGUGUGGGGCCGUACUCUACAGGCCUACAGUCAUGUGGGCUCUACUGGAUCUGUCCAUCAACAAUACCAUCUGUUUUCAUUUCUGACUGAAAUUGACAUACACAGAACUUCAUAUUGUAUUUUAUACCAAUUUACUUACAGAUAAACAAGACACACCUAACUUAGAGAUAAACAAGACACACCUGACUUACAGGUAAACAAGACACACCUGACUUACAGGUAAACAUGACACACCUGACUUACAGGUAAACAUGACACACCUGACUUACAAGUAAACAUGACACACCUGACUUACAAGUAAACAUGACACACCUUACCUACAGGUAAACAUGACACACCUUACCUACAGGUAAACAAGACACACCUGAUUUACAGGUAAACAUGACACACCUGACCUACAGGUAAACAAGACACACCUGAUUUACAGAUAAACAAGACACACCUGACUUACAGGUAAACAUGACACACCUGACUUUCAGGUAAACAAGACACACCUGACUUACAGGUAAACAAGACACACCUGACUUACAGGUAAACAUGACACACCUUACCUACAGGUAAACAAGACACACCUGAUUUACAGGUAAACAAGACACACCUGACAUACAGGUAAACAUGACACACCUGACCUACAGGUAAACAAGACACACCUGACUUACAGGUAAACAAGACACACCUGACUUACAGGUAAACAUGACACACCUGACUUAUAGGUAAACAUGACACACCUGACUUAUAGGUAAACAUGACACACCUGAUUUACAGGUAAACAUGACACACCUGACCUACAGGUAAACAAGACACACCUGAUUUACAGAUAAACAUGACACACCUGACUAACAGGUAAACAUGACACACCUGACUAACAGGUAAACAAGACACACCUGAUUUACAGAUAAACGAAGACACACCUGACCUACAGGUAAACAUGACACACCUGACUUACAGAUAAACAAGACACACCUGACUUACAGGUAAAUAUGACACACCUGACUUACAGGUAAACAUGACACAGCUGACCUACAGGUAAACAAGACACACCUGACCUACAGGUAAACAAGACACACCUGACUUACAGGUAAACAUGACACACCUGACUUACAAGUAAACAUGACACACCUGACCUACAGGUAAACAUGACACACCUGACUUACAGGUAAAUAUGACACACCUGACUUACAGGUAAACAUGACACACCUGACUUACAGGUAAACAUGACACACCUGACUUACAGGUAAACAUGACACACCUGACUUACAGGUAAACAUGACACACCUGACUUACAGGUAAACAUGACACACCUGACUUACAGGUAAACAAGACACACCUGACCUACAGGUAAACAAGACACACCUGACUUACAGGUAAACAUGACACACCUGACCUACAGGUAAACAUGACACACCUGACCUACAGGUAAACAUGACACACCUGACCUACAGGUAAACAAGACACACCUGACCUACAGGUAAACAAGACACACCUGACUUACAGGUAAACAUGACACACCUGACCUACAGGUAAACAAGACACACCUGACUUACAGGUAAACAAGACACACCUGACUUACAGGUAAACAUGACACACCUGACCUACAGGUAAACAAGACACACCUGACUUACAGGUAAACAUGACACACCUGACCUACAGGUAAACAAGACACACCUGACUUAUAGGUAAACAUGACACACCUGACUUUCAGGUAAACAAGACACACCUGACUUACAGGUAAACAAGACACACCUGAUUUACAGGUAAACAAGACACACCUGACCUACAGGUAAACAAGACACACCUGAUUUACAGAUAAACAUGACACACCUGACUAACAGGUAAACAUGACACACCUGACUAACAGGUAAACAAGACACACCUGAUUUACAGAUAAACAAGACACACCUGACCUACAGGUAAACAUGACACACCUGACUUACAGAUAAACAAGACACACCUGACUUACAGGUAAAUAUGACACACCUGACCUACAGGUAAACAUGACACAGCUGACCUACAGGUAAACAAGACACACCUGACCUACAGGUAAACAAGAAACACCUGACUUACAGGUAAACAUGACACACCUGACUUACAAGUAAACAUGACACACCUGACCUACAGGUAAACAUGACACACCUGACUUACAGGUAAACAUGACACACCUGACUUACAGGUAAACAUGACACACCUGACUUACAGGUAAACAAGACACACCUGACCUACAGGUAAACAAGACACGCCUGACUUACAGGUAAACAAGACACACCUGACCUACAGGUAAACAUGACACACCUGACCUACAGGUAAACAUGACACACCUGACCUACAGGUAAACAAGACACACCUGACCUACAGGUAAACAAGACACACCUGAUUUACAGGUAAACAUGACACACCUGACCUACAGGUAAACAAGACACACCUGAUUUACAGAUAAACAAGACACACCUGACUUACAGGUAAACAUGACACACCUGACCUACAGGUAAACAAGACACACCUGACCUACAGGUAAACAUGACACACCUGACCUACAGGUAAACAAGACACACCUGACCUACAGGUAAACAAGACACACCUGACCUACAGGUAAACAUGACACACCUGACCUACAGGUAAACAAGACACACCUGACUUACAGGUAAACAUGACACACCUGACCUACAGGUAAACAUGACACACCUGACUUACAGGUAAACAUGACACACCUGACUUACAGGUAAACAAGACACACCUGACUAACAGGUAAACAAGACACACCUGACCUACAGGUAAACAAGACACACCUGACCUACAGGUAAACAUGACACACCUGACUUACAGGUAAAUAUGACACACCUGACUUACAGGUAAAUAUAACACACCUGACUUCCAGGUAAACAAGACACACCUGACCUACAGGUAAACAUAACAUAUGUGAUAUGUGUACUUUUCUGAUCUGACAAAUUUUAUAUCUGAAAUUUCCCAGCUAAUUUAUCAACAGUUGAAUUGGUUCUGAAGUGAUAGUUAUGGGUCCAUUUUAAGUUGCUUAAUUUAUUUCUUUAAUAUUGUUAUUGUUUUAAAAUUUUGUAAAAUUUCAGAUUAAUGUGAGUUGUAUUUUUGUGUGACAUAUGCUAUCUUGUAUUGAUGAGAUUCAGCGUACAUUAGAAUAUCUGUCCUGUUUUAUAUGAUUGUGAUGAGAUUUUACCUAUUGACUGCCAUGUUUACAAUUACUGAAGUAAUGUUUUGCCAUUGAAUUACCCGUUUACUGUUACAUGUUCCACUGAAAGUUGAUUUGAUGUCUCGUUAGUUAGAUCCCUAGUGUCACCAAUCACCAUGGUUACAAAAUGCUAGGUAUGACAGAUUUCAAGUGUUGCUAUGGUUACGUAAUAUGAUGUACAAUGUAUACAAAUCCCCAGUGUCACCAUGGUUACGUAAUACCGGUAUGAUGUACAAUGUGUACAGGUCACCAUGGUUAUGUGCUGCGAUGUACAAUGUAUACAGAUGCCUAUUAUCACCAUGGAUACGUAAUCUGAUGUACAGUGUAUACCAAUCAUCACCAUGGUUACUUAAUAUGAUGCACAAUGUAUACAGGUCACCAUGGUAACGUAUUAUGACGUACAAUGUAUACAGAUCCCCAUCGUCACCAUGGUUACGUAAUAUGGUGUCCAAUGUAUACAGACCCUCACUGUCACCAUGGUUACGUAAUAUGGUGUCCAAUAUAUACAGACCCUCGCUGUCACCAUGGUUACGUAAUAUGGUGUAAAAUGUAUACAGACCCUCACUGUCACCAUGGUUACGUAAUAUGGUGUACAAUAUAUACAGACCCUCACUGUCACCAUGGUUACGUAAUAUGGUGUACAAUAUAUACAGACCCUCACUGUCACCAUGGUUACGUAAUAUGGUGUACAAUGUAUGCAGACGCUCACUGUUACCAUGGUUACGUUGUAUGUAAAGUUGAGUGCUGGUUCCCCUGAUAGAUAAAAUAUUGUGCUGUAUGAGGCCCCUGAGAUGGUGCUCUGAUUUUGUCUUGGUUGUGUGCGAGUACGUAUUGUUUUGUCUGUGAUAAAAAGUGUGCUUAUUAUUGCAAAUAUAGCCAAUAAAAUGUUGAUUAUGACAAUGAUA